AUGGGAAAUUGUUAUUACUGUAUGCUCAGGACGUGAAGUUGGCUGCGAUUUUCUUUUUGAUUCGUUGUUGGGUAGCAAAAGCUAAUCUAAACCGCCAAGAUGGGUAAGGGUAACAAUAUGAUUCCAAACCAGCAUUACCACAAGUGGUGGCAGCGUCAUGUGCGCACCUGGUUCAACCAGCCGGCGCGCAAGGUCCGCAGACACGAGAACCGUGUCAAGAAGGCAAAGGCAGUCUUCCCACGCCCCGCUAGCGGUCCCCUGCGCCCAGUUGUGCGUUGCCCCACAAUCCGUUACCACACAAAGUUGCGUACCGGACGCGGCUUCACCUUGGAGGAGCUGAAGGGUGCUGGUUUGAGCUAUAAAUUCGCCAAGACCAUCGGCAUUGCUGUCGAUCGUCGUCGCAAGAACAAGUCGUUGGAGUCGCGUCAGCGCAACAUUCAGCGCCUGAAGGAAUACAGAAGCAAACUGAUUCUGUUCCCCAUCAAUGAGAAGAAGAUCCGCAAGGGCGAAUCAACUGUUGAGGAAUGCAAGUUGGCUACCCAGCUGCAAGGACCAGUUAUGCCUCUCAAGAAGGAGGUGCCAGCUGUUGUUGAGUUCCGUGAUGUUACACAGGACGAGAAGAAGUUCAAGGCAUUCGCUACUCUGCGCAAGGCACGUACUGAUGCUCGUUUGGUUGGCAUUCGCGCUAAGAAGGCCAAGGAGGCCGCUGAAAGCGAGGAGGGCGCCAAGGCCGAUUCCAAGAAGGCCAAGAAGUAAACUCCAUUUAGACCUGAUAAUUCUGUCUACAAUAACAACAACAACAACAAGAAUAAAGUUUUAGUUUUUUC